CUUUUCGCACCGACCACGAUGGCGUACGCCGCUCGCAAGCAGGCUGCGCAGGAAUUGAAUGCGAUUGCGAACAAGUGGGUGCAGGACCCUUUCCGCCCGCACCUGCAGCUCUCGGUUUUCCUCCGGUCGCUCGCCACGCAUCCGCGCCUGACGCCUGAGGCGGUCAGCGCGGCGCGCGCGCUGCAGGAGAAUGUCGCGUACAAGAAGUACAAACUCUCCGACCGUAUGCUGCACCCGGCGUCCCGGCCACGGGUGUAUGACGACCUGCUCGUGAACAUCGAGAACAGCGUCAAGGGAACCCACAAGCCGUGGUGGAAGGACUUCUUUGGCAUAUCAUAGGUGGGAGCGAGAUACGCCGCUGCGCGCCAUUGACCAGGACCGCGUGGGGGUGGUGGACGCGGGCUGGCGCAUUGUGUCGGCGGAGUAGAGGGUCAGCUACUCUGGUAUGGUCCAAACGAAUACGACCGAUGCCGUGUACGCGCAGCAGUCGCUCUCGCCACGCACUAUUGGCGGCGUUGGCGAAUAUAUUGCUCGUGAGUAAGGAAGCCGGACUCCUCACGUACGCGCUCGCGAACGUGGUCGAGCACGUUGCUAUACGCAAGGACGCCGCAAGAGACGGUGUAGAACCGUGGUUAAACCGGC